UUGGAGCUAACUAGUUAACUAACUAGGUAGCUAACUAUCUUUAAUUGCUUAGGCUCGGGACACGACCAAGGAGACGCGUCAAACGCGUUCGUUCGCUCGUAUUCCAAGCAGAGUCAGCCGGCGAGAGCUUCUGGGGAUUGGUAACGAUGUAUUCCUUUCGUCUAUUGAAUCUCUCUCUCAAUUAAUUGAAAUGCAAAUCAUAACGUCUUCCAUCCCUUUGACAAUUAGUCUUCACUCUCAUCCAUUUGCCGGUUCGAAAACCGUUUCGGGCGGGUCCCUUCUCUUGCAUUCAUUCAACCCAAGUUAACUCUAUCUCCGGGGCAAUAUGGCGAGUCCAAGCUUGAAGCGAGGAGCCGGCCAUUUGGCGGCUCCAGUGGUUGAUGCAAAGAAAUCGAAAUCUAACGGCAGCAUCACUUCUUUCUUUGGUGUACCCAAGUCCUCCAGUGCUACCAAGUUGACGACGGCUUCUGCCCCAUCUCCCACGUUCAAUAAGCAGAAAUGGGUGUCCACGCUGACUGCAGAGCAAAAGGAGCUUUUGCAAUUAGAGAUCGAUACCCUCGAUGAGACUUGGUUGGCACAUCUCAAGGAAGAGAUCGUCAAGCCAGAGUUUCUAGCCUUGAAACGCUUCCUUCAGAAGGAGAAGCAGUCGGGAGUCAAGAUCUUCCCUCCUGAGAAUGAGAUAUACUCUUGGUCUCGCCUGACACCACUCAACAAAGUGAAAGUAGUCAUCAUCGGCCAGGACCCGUACCACAACCACAACCAGGCCCACGGCCUCGCAUUCUCAGUUCGCCCACCUACACCUGCUCCUCCAUCUCUCGUCAACAUCUACAAGGGCAUUAAGAACGAUUACCCGUCAUUCCAGCCUCCUCCCAACAAAGGCGGCCUUCUCACGCCAUGGGCAGAGCGGGGGGUGUUACUCCUAAACACUAGCUUGACAGUGCGAGCACACCAAGCUGGUACCCACUCAAAGAAGGGUUGGGAGAAUCUGACUCAAAAGGCGAUCGAAGUUGUGGCUCGAGUCCGCACCCGCGGCGUAGUUUUCCUUGCAUGGGGUGAGAAUGCCAAAAAGUGUGUGGCAAAGACCGGCAAGGACAAACAUUGCGUGUUGUAUUCAGCUCACCCAAGUCCACUGAGCGCAUCGAGAGGUUUUUUCACAAACCAACAUUUCAAAAAAUGCAACGAAUGGCUUUCGGAACGCUACGGCGCUGACGGGAUCAUCGACUGGAGCCUCACAACUGUGACAGAAAAAACAAGUGCGCCUCUGGCCACCAUUCAGAGUUCCUCGGUAGUAAUUAACUCCAAGGAAUCCCUUUCCUCGGAGGAUAAACCGUCCCCGUCUAAACCUGCUGCCGAAAAAACAGCGUCUUCAGACAAACCCACUCUGGCAGAAGACGACGAUGAAUUCGAGGAUGACCUCGACGCUCUCGAGCAGCUCGUGGCGUCAGCGGAAUCAACAGGGGAAAAUCAAUAAAUGCGUGGUGAAAAUGCAGAAAGAUCAGUUAUCGUCCUCCUCGAUUUACUUGGAAUUGGCACUGUUGCGGAAAAUCCUUUGGUCAGCGGCUUUUUUCAACUUCCUUUUUUUUUCAUUCAUUCAGUUCUUUUCUUUUCUGUUCUUUGGUCGUUCCCCCUUCCCCUCCAGAGACGGCCUAACUAAAGCUAGACGUGUUUGAGAUAAUACUUGUUCGGGC